UUUAACUUUAGUGAUGGGAACUUUAUUUGUUAUAUGUUUUAUAUUUUCCACGCACAUGGCCGAAACUUUCGGACAAUUAUCAUUACUUCAAAACAGGACCUUUGAUGAAAACGGUCUCUUACCUAGUACCGCAUCAGGUAAAGCGUCAAAUGUCUUACGUGAAAUUCUGAAUCAGGAAAGUCUUGUUCGUUUCUCAAUGGUACAAAGAAUACAGAGUUUGGUUAUGGACGCCAUGGAAAAUAAAAACGAUAGACAGGUUAUGAAGACAAAGCUUUCGGAUGUGAUAAAACAGUUACAGAAUGUUGAGACAAAAGGCCAGAGACUCGAGGAAGAAAACGCUAAACUUAAACGAGAAAUGAAGAGUUUGAAUGCAACAUUAAAUAGCACAAAAUACCUUUCAAUGGAAGAAAUUAGAAAUCUCAACGAAACAGAAAUAUGGAGCCUUAAAAGAAAGUUACUGGAAAAAUUACAAGUUAUGGAGAAAAAAGAUCGGCGGAUAAUGGCACAAUUGAUAUCGUUAAAUGAAUCAGAAAUAGCUCUUCAGAAAGAAAACCAGAAAAUGACUGAGGAAAGUGAAAAAUCUAACAGGCGAAUGUCAGUGCUUGAAAAGAAUAUAGACAUUUUGAAUGGCUCUCAAUCUACGAUCAAAAACAUAAUGUUGAAUCUUCAAAAUGAUAACCUUUUGCGAGAUGAUGUUGACAAGUUGAACGAGACUUUACAACAAACUUUUGACAAACAAAUUAAAAAAGUAGAGGAUAUGUUUAGAAUUUUCUCCGACUCUGUUAAUGAAACACUUGACGAAAUUAGUGUGGAUCGCAAUGAGUCGGCUUUACAAUGGAUGCAAACUUCUUCUUACAUAUAUCAGGCUAAUGCACAUGAAGGGUAUUUCCAUGAUUGCUGGAACAUUUUACAAAAAUACCCGAGUCUACAGGGAAAAGACGGGGUUUAUCCAUUAAAUAUAACCUCCAAGCCAACGUUUGCGUACUGUGACAUGACAACGGAAGGGGGAGGAUGGACAGCAAUACAAAGAAGACAAGACGGGUCUACAGAUUUUUAUCGGACGUGGUCAGAAUAUAAACAAGGUUUUGGGAAUCCCUCAAAAAACUAUUGGAUUG